AGAACAAAAACAUGGACACACACACAAAUCCAAAUCCAAAACCACCAUCACCCAUCACCUGAAUCUCCUUUCACUCCUCAAACCGGUUCUUCCACUCGCAUUCGGUUCUUUUUUCCGAACCGGAAUGGCCGGAGCGUUGGAGUGCUGGUCGAGCCGCGGCAACGGCGACGAAGACAUGGUGGAGCAAGUCCUCAUGCGAAAACCACAAGACCCAACAACACCUCAACCCCCCAAAGACUCUUCCAUCGUCCACAAGAAGUUUCAGAAGCUCACGCGCAAUGUUUCCGAAGCCAUUGCGUCACUUAAGAACUCUCUCAACAUUAACGUUAGUUUUGAAUCUUCCAAACCCGAUACUUCUCGUAACCUUGUUUGGGGAACCGUUGUUCGUAACCUCACUCAGCUUUACCCUGGUAGCCAACUUCCCGAGAAGCUCGUUUGCAACGUUCGCAAGCACUACGAUUCCUUGCCUCUCAGUUAUUCUCAAGCGGGUUUUGAUGUGAAAGAUGUGUUUCUUCACAUAAAGUUGAUGGAACAAGCUUUGGAAGAUGAGCAGGCUGCGAUUUUGAUUCAAGAGGAGGGUGACGGUGAGAUUCAGCUUCAGGGGACUUUGUUCAAGUUGACAUUUGCUUGCAACUCUCCAAUUUCGUGGCCUGCAAUGUCAGCUGUGUUGGAUAGUUACUCCAUCUGCUGCAAAAAGAUUCAGAUCUUUGAGAAGAAAGGUUUCACCCUUGGCAUUGUUCUUCUUCUUGUUCUAUCUGGGACUGGGCAAGAAAAGUUGGUUAGGACCCGGGUUGAAAGUGCUCUCAAGAUUGCCAUGAAGAGGCCCAAAGCCAGUGCUGUGAAGCUUCCGUUCGGGCUUUGUGGAUGUCAAGAGGAGAACUCCAGUGGUAGAGAACUUGGAGAGAUUGAAGAAGAUGUUGGUGAUACAUACUGUGGAAACAUGUUUGAGAAUUUGAGCCAAAAGAUUCAGCUUCAGAUGCCCUUGCCUAGUUCAUCUUUUCUUGUAUCGGUAGAUGAAUGGCAGACUAUUCAGUCAGGUGGGGAUGAGAUCGAAAAGUGGUUGUUGGACUCGGAUAGUCUUGAGUUUUCAGAACAGAUUGGACCAAAUUCAUUUAAGGGGACCUACAUGGGGAAAAGGGUUGGCAUUGAGAAGCUUAAAGGGUGUGAGAAAGGGAACUCUUAUGAGUUUGAGCUCAAGAAAGAUCUGCUAGCACUGAUGACUUGUGGGCAUAAAAAUAUUUUGCAGUUUUGUGGUGUUUGCGUAGAUGACAAUCAUGGGUUAUGUGUAGUGACGAAAUUCAUGGAAGGCGGAUCUGUUCAUGACUUAAUGUCAAAGAACAAGAAGGUUCCAAGUAAGGAUAUCGUAAGAAUUGCAGUUGAUGUGGCCGAGGGCAUCAAAUUUAUGAAUGAUCAUGGUGUUGCAUACCGAGACCUUAAUAUACAGAGGGUUUUGUUGGAUAAUCAUGGGAAUGCUUGCUUGGGCGAUAUGGGUAUAGUCACUGCCUGCAAGAGUGUUGGAGAGGCAAUGGACUACGAAACUGAUGGUUAUCGGUGGCUUGCUCCAGAGAUAAUUGCCGGCGAUCCAGAGAGUGUCACAGAGACAUGGAUGAGUAAUGUUUAUAGUUUUGGCAUGGUAAUUUGGGAGAUGGUAACUGGUGAGGCAGCAUACUCUGCUUAUUCACCUGUGCAAGCAGCAGUUGGCAUUGCUGCUUGUGGCCUUAGACCUGAGAUCCCAAAGGACUGUCCUCAAACUCUUAAGUCUCUUAUGACAAAGUGUUGGAACAACACCCCUUCAAAACGUCCUCAGUUCUCUGAAAUUUUGGCAAUAUUGCUGCGACCAAACAACAACAGUAGGUAA